GAGGUCUCCACUUGCGCUCCCUUCGAACUCGAUCAGCUGUGAGAAUUACUUUUGUUCUCGCGAUACUUUCGUGGACGCCGGGCUCGGGCGACCCGGGCUUCUGUGAAACAUGGCGGUGGGCUGGGACCGUAGCACUAGCAUGACUAUAUGAAGGAAGAGGAAAGUUUUCCUGAAGAUGAGGCGACUGAAUCGGAAAAAAACCUUAAGUUUGGUGAAAGAAUUAGAUGCCUUUCCCAAGGUUCCUGACAGCUAUGUGGAGACAUCAGCCAGUGGGGGGACAGUUUCUCUAAUAGCAUUUACCACUAUGGCUUUAUUAACAAUAAUGGAAUUCUCAGUGUAUCAAGAUACGUGGAUGAAGUACGAAUAUGAAGUAGACAAAGAUUUUUCUAGCAAGUUGAGAAUCAACAUAGACAUUACUGUUGCCAUGAAGUGUCAGUAUGUUGGAGCAGAUGUACUGGAUUUAGCAGAGACCAUGGUUGCAUCUGCAGAUGGUCUAUCUUAUGAACCAGCAGUAUUUGACCUUUCACCCCAGCAGAGAGAAUGGCAGAGGAUGCUGCAGCUGAUUCAGAGUAGGCUGCAAGAAGAGCAUUCCCUUCAAGACGUGAUAUUCAAAAGUGCUUUCAAAAGUGCAUCAACAGCACUGCCACCAAGGGAAGAUGAUGCAUCACUGACUCCAGAUGCGUGCAGAAUCCACGGUCAUCUAUAUGUCAAUAAAGUAGCAGGGAAUUUUCACAUAACUGUGGGCAAGGCAAUCCCACAUCCUCGAGGGCAUGCACAUUUGGCAGCACUUGUCAACCAUGAUUCUUACAACUUUUCUCACAGAAUAGAUCAUUUGUCUUUUGGAGAGCUUGUUCCAGGAAUUAUUAAUCCUUUGGAUGGAACUGAAAAGAUUGCUGUAGAUCACAACCAGAUGUUCCAAUAUUUCAUUACAGUUGUGCCAACAAAGCUCCACACAUACAAGAUUUCAGCUGACACCCAUCAGUUUUCUGUGACAGAAAGGGAACGCAUCAUUAACCAUGCUGCAGGCAGCCACGGAGUCUCCGGAAUAUUUAUGAAAUAUGAUCUCAGUUCUCUCAUGGUGACAGUCACUGAGGAACACAUGCCUUUCUGGCAGUUUUUUGUAAGACUCUGUGGUAUUAUUGGAGGAAUCUUUUCAACAACAGGCAUGUUACAUGGAAUUGGAAAAUUUAUAGUGGAAAUAAUUUGCUGUCGUUUCAGACUUGGAUCCUACAAGCCCGUCCAUUCUGUCCCCUUUGAAGAUGGCCACACAGACAACCACUUACCUCUUUUAGAAAAUAAUACACAUUAGCACCUCCUGGGUGGAAAAAAACUUUUUGCCUGAAACAUAAAACCUUUUCUAAUAAUAAAAUGUUGUGCAAUAUAUUCAAAGAAAAGAAAAUAUGAGAACCAGGAAACAUGCUUAUUUAAAAAAAGGAAAAAAAACCAGCCAAGGAAAAAAACAAACUGAAGUCGUCCUGUAUAUGUUGUGUCUGUUACAAAUGUCCUAGAAGAAAUUAUGCAGCUGACUGGAGGCCCAGCCAGAGUGCCAGGAGAAGACGGCAUCUCUGAUGCUCUCCCAGCAAACGGACAGCAUGGAGAGCAGAGCCUAGAGGAUGGAAGUGAGACCAUAUUUAAAGAAAAGGGCAUUGAUAAAUGCAAACAUGUGCGUCCUUUUGUUUUUAAAAGAUGUCAGAAUAAAAUGUGUAAAACAUAUGGAAAACUAGUCUAGACUUUAAAAAACUGUAAUCAGCUCAUGUGGUUAAUAAAGGAGACAGGGGCUGGCCCUGUGUUACAGCCAUACUAAUGUUAAGCCAUAUUGACAAGACCAUGUUGUCCAGUACUGGGUUCUGGUGAAGGUGACUGCUUUCCUUGGAACUCCAGUUGGUGACUUUCCUGACUGUUAACAGUCAGUUCUUAGAGAUUGAGGUGAAGUUUCCCAAGGGCAGGUAUAUAAGUGCUAUGAUAGGUAACAGGUACCACUCACAGCUGUACAUGGGACACUGCAGGGAGAAGAAAGCACAGUUUACAAAGAUAAAGGUUACUAAUUUGUAGAGUAUUGAAGGAAAGAAAAGUAUGCUUGUGAGGAGUUGAAAAAAGGAUAGCUAACAGAUGGGGGAGGCAGUGUUGUGUACAAGAUAGUGUCAGCUCUGAGCAGCAUAGGCACCGCCGUAAAACUGGACCAGGAACAAAGUGCUGCCCUCGGAGCUCUGGGCAGAAUGAUGAAGCUGAAGUAACUUGAGGGAGCCCUGUCGGUGCUGUUGGAAACUGCAGGCUUUGUGUGCCAGCCGGUUUUCCUCCUGAGAGGCUUGAGGGCAGAAGCAGAAGCAUCGGUUAGUCCUGGAGGCUGAAUGACUGAGGGAGAAGACUGGGUUUCCACCCCUGUCAGACCCAGGACUACACUGACAAUGGAGGCCUCUGGUGUGGCCUGUCACAGAUGACUGUUUUUUCAAGUGAAUGUUUUUACAGAUUAAAAAAAAAAAAUGCUUUCUUGAAAGAGGGUAGGCAAUCAGGUGGAGAGACGGCAGCAAAGCACGCAGCAGUUAAGUGUGUGAAAAAUGGCAUUUUGUAGAAAAUAAAAAUUUUUGGUUAAAAUACACAGUAUUAAGAACAAUUAAGGGGUUAACUGACUAAUAAUGUAAUAAUAUUUUAAACUUUAAAAUAAUCCAGGAAAUUUCAAACAAUGAAUGUCUUCUCUGAGGUUUUUGUUUCUCUGUGGCUUUUUGUUUGUUUGGUUGGUUUUGUUUAUUCCCUUAAAUUUUAUAGUUGGGCUAGAAACAGAACAUCUCUCCAGAAGAAUUUUGUUAGUAAGAACUGGAAUGUUGCUGUUCUAUGUCUACUGCUAGAAAAUUCAGUCAGAUUUCAGGGAAGAAAAUACUGAUUUAGAGUUAACUUUCAGUAUUACUAUGUCUUUAAAAGAUUUAAAAUUAUUUUUGUUUCCAUGUUUUUUACGUGCCACGUUAAAAUCUUACUGAGCUGUAUCUUUUCCAUUAAAAUUGACUACAGGAAUUUGUUCAAAGCAAAAUUUUCUUUGCCAUUAAUUUCCAUUUUAAAAGCUAAGACUUUGAUUUUCAAAUAGGGUCACAUUUUUGUCUGUAAAAGAAUGAAAAUUCUGACCAUCUGUUUGGGUGAUGAAGGCAGCUACAAUUAGGAUUUGUGGAGAGCGCUUUUGGCCUUACCAGGGUUUUUUUCCAUGCCAGAUAUCCCUCUCUGACCUGCCAUAGCCUUUCCUAUGCCUGUGGAUCCCUAGAGCCAGGAUACCCAAGUGUCUAUUCAAUCCAGUCUUUUUAAUUUUCUUAAGAUAGUCUAUGUGUGUGUGCAUGCAUGCGUGUGUGCAUACAUGUGUUCAAUCCUAACAUUUUUAAGUUUGAGGCCUCAUUUACUUGAAAUGUAUUUUUUACACUGUCUGUAUUUGUAUACCUUGAGACUGUAAAGACAGUAAAUAACUAGGUGAAUAAACUACUGUCAAGUGUUUAACCCUUGACUAUCUACCUCCUGAGAUAGCCUGGCUCAAUAUUAGAAUGGCAGAUCCACUUGUUCUCAACUUAGAAGAGUAUUGGACACUUCUGGCUUUUUUUUUUUUUUUUU